AGUAAGUGUGCAGUGCAUGAUGAUGAGCAGCAUGUGUUACGAUCCUAACUUUGGUCAACACAACGUUGAAGAUAGAAAGAGAGCCGCCGGCGAUGAAAGCGCGAGGGAAAACAUAGCAAAAGCAUGUGGAUGUAUUAGCUAUGAGGUGAUAGUUUCGGUGGUUGGAAUGAUAAGCAUUAUAGUGCUCGUGGUGCCGGUAAUAUUAGAUGAAGGGACGGAGACAAUAUACGCUUCUUUGGGAGUAAAGAUUAUAUGGUGCGGAGUUUUUAUCCCUGGCAUCAUUAGAAAAAGUCAGACUUGUAUGGUAUGCUGCAUGAUUUGUAAUAUUUUUGUUGUCGUCUUUGCCAUUUAUCACAACUUCUAUUGGGAGGGAAUGCAAACAAUUUUCAACUAUUACCAUUAUGUCAUUCCUGCUGUUUUGGUAGAAGUAUGUCUUUGUGUUCUGACGGACAACAUUCGUGUGGUUUACACGAUAAAUGAUGUCACCGUCAAUGAAGAAGAUAGUUAA